UUCAGACACAUACUGUGCUGAAGCCAAGAGAUUAAAUUAUAUGCGAAAAAUCAUCUGAUUCCCAUCACUGGGUGCAGACUUAAGAGGAUUAGGAAAGGAGCGUGUGUUAAUCGUAUGAGCGCAGGAGCAGUGACUGUCCCACCAUGCCUCGGUCUUUCUUAGUGAAGAAAGUCAAACUGGAUGACUUCUCCGCUGCAGAACUGGAGACCUCCUACAGCCGGAGAGAGGAGCUCAGUCUGCGGUUCCACAAUCACGACAAAGGUUACGUCGGUGAUUAUCUGAACCCGAAUCCCUAUGAAGACGUGGUGGGAAGUGAUUCCUCAGUCAUCUCUAAAGUGCCCUCUCCGAGCCACCCGUCAAUCAUCUACGGCCACAUCAACAACACCUAUUCAGGUAUCCACAGCGACAUCCAUGGGGACUCGGACCAGCCGGACAGUCCCAGAUCUGAGGUCUCGUCCUCAGCCGGCGGGUACAUCAACGGAGACGCCGCCGUGAGCGAAGGAUACUCAGUAGACGCGUUUUUCAUCAUGGAUGGACGGUCGCGAAGAAAAGCAGCGGCAAACCCACGAGGGGCGACCCAGAGGCACACGUGCAGCGAGUGCGGCAAAACCUACGCCACAUCCUCCAACUUGAGCCGACACAAGCAGACGCACAGAAGCAUCGACAGCAAGAUGGCCAAGAAGUGCCCGACGUGUGGGAAAGUGUAUGUCUCCAUGCCCGCCAUGGCGAUGCACCUGCUCACCCACGACCUCAAGCACAAGUGCGACGUGUGCGGGAAAGCGUUCAGCCGACCGUGGCUGCUGCAGGGUCACAUGCGCUCGCACACCGGGGAGAAGCCCUUCGGCUGCGCGCACUGUGGGAAAGCCUUUGCUGACCGAUCGAACCUGCGCGCCCACAUGCAGACUCACUCAGCCUUCAAGCAUUACAAGUGCAAGCGGUGCAACAAGACGUUUGCGCUCAAGAGUUACCUGAACAAGCACUACGAGUCUGCGUGCUUUAAGGGGACUUUUUCCCCACUGAGCUCACUGAGUGAAUAAGAAACUCUGAAAGCACAUCUAGCGUUUAUUCACUUAACUUACAUCCGAUUUCUUCUGCUUUACUCCAAAAGAUUAACCAGAGUGCAACAAAGAAGAAGUGUUUUUUUCUCAUCUCUCAAACCUCUCGGUUAUUUUUAUUUGAAGGUUUUAUUAAAAAGUUGGAGAGAGAACCUGAUAGGAUUUAUCCCCCAGUCCAGUAAAGCACAACACAUCUGGUGCAUCAUACCUUGAGAUCUACUUGUGUUCAUAUCAAUUCACGUCAAAUGUUUUUCUACCAACGAGGAAACGACACAAAAGCACAACUGCUCCUCCGCGUCUCUGUCUUUUCUCAGAGUUUAUGUGACCAAGCACAGAAUCCACCGUCUCAGCAAAUUAUUUUCAGCGUUUUCAGACACAAAGAUUCAUAUUCUAAGGAUAAUUCUGGUCUUGUUUUCAGUGAAACUGAAGCUUACAAGAAAAUGCAAAGGAAUCAGAUGAAUAGUCAGUGGUCUGCUUUUUAUGGUAAAAUUAUGAACAAAACUGAAACUCAUACAUUAUGUAGAUUAGUUACACAUGGAGUGAUAUAAAUAAAGUAUUUUGGUGAUUAUAACUUGAAGUGAAUGGAAACCCAACAUUCACUUUCUCAUAUAAUUAGAUUUUUAAUGGAGAAAUGUAGGUUUUGGCCUAAAGAUUCCUGGUAGACUUUAUAAUCCAUAUGGAGAAUAAGCCACAAAAAGUCACAAUACAAAAAGCUGAUUGUUCACAGUAUGAUGCAAGCAUCCAAAACUGAGUGGAAGGAAAACAUCUAGCAGAAAAUUGUGCACAAGUAACACAGUAUGGAUUUAAUUUGAAAUGAGAAAUAGGAAUAUGAAAUUCACUAUAUUCAGACAAAUCAUUUACUUCCAUGGCCAGAGGAGUGUGAAAUCAAAAUGUACAAACAAAUUAGUGUAUAUUGUUCUCUGUGUAAUAAAUCUAUACAUUAUAUGAGUUUCUCUUUUUAAAUUGAAUUGCUAGGAACAACUUUAAGUCUGUUAAUUGAGUCAGAGUAUCUAUUAUAUUCUCUUAUGCUACAACAUGCUUUCAUCCAUGGUGAAUCGUUGAACCACAAUGAAUUAUGAAAUCAAGUAAGGCUCACUAUUCUUAAAAAUGCAUUGAAAAUAUAGAAGUGACAGGAAAAAAUGUUGAGUUGUUUUUAAUAUUUAAUACCAAUUAGCUUCUGAAUAAUAGUAAAAUGAUCCUCUAGUUAAAUAUUAGCACAAAACACAAAGUCAGCCAUCAGGCUGUUCCACAAUGAUGCUCUCUUAUUGGCUAAAUCUAAUGUUUAUAUAUUUAUUCAUUACUUAUUUGUCAUUGUUCAAAAGGAAUAUGGACAUUAAAAUGCCUGUCAUUCCUUUAAUGAGGUUAAA